CUUUUUUUUUCGUCCAUGUAUUGUUAGGAUAGGGGAUUUGAAAAUUUUGGUUAUGAACUGAAGUGCAUGAUAUCUUAAAAAUUGAAGUUAAAAUGGAGCAAUUGCCGGAGAACCGGAGCGAAGCAAAACGUUUGGCGCCGCCGCAAGGCAUUCACCAGAGCGAUGUGGACGAGGAUGACGAGAACGUAAAUCAGCUCAAUGAAUGUUCUUCUCUUUAUCGCUUGAUGCAGGAUUGUGUUGUUCGAUCAAACAGGAAUUGGAAAGCAUGCCAGCCAGAAAUACAUGCUUUGAGGGAAUGCUCUGAAAAGAGAAAAAACGUCCAAGGAAAGUAGACCUGUGCCGAAACUGAAUUUGUUUUUAGCUGCUUAUGAGGUUACCUUCUGUGCUUCCUAGUUCUUCUUAACAAUGAUGUACAAACACUUCCCUCACCAGAUGAAUAUUUUUUAGCAUAGUCAAUUGAAAUAAUUAAGUUGAAUACGGGGAAAGGGAUCUUUUACAUACAGAAAUCUAUAGGAAGCAGGGUUUUCCGAUUGAAAUGCCGAAUAUGUUUUUUGAGGUUAGAGAAAUCACGUCCCUAACUUGUUUUUA